AUGGAUAGUGGCGACCAAGUCAUGCAGUUUUUCGACCGAGAAUACAACAAGGCGCUGGCAUUAUACAACGACGGCGACAAAGAGGAAGAGUGCAUCGCUGCAGCGCAAGAUCUCCUUCAAAAACCCGACCUCCCAAGAUAUCACCGCAUCAUGACCUUGAUCCUCCUCAGCGCAGCUUCUACAAACUGGAACGACGCAGAGGAUUCCCGACUCGAAGCUGAGAGACUAUGGGACCAGACACAUCGCCAUUAUUCCCGGGUUGAUGAUCCCGACGCGUCCCAGACGCUUACUGAGCUACGAGUCGACCUCGAUGUCGUGAAGGAGUUACAGAUCGAGGAACUUGAGAAACUUGAGAGGAUGUUUGGGGAAUAUGACGGUGAAUACGACGUGGAUGACGAGGAAGAGGGAGACGAAGAGGAAUAUGAAAAGGAGCAAGAGCGUGAGGAGGACGUGGAGAUUGAUGUGGAUGUUGAUGCUGCAGCUACUUCUGCUGCUUCUGAUGCUUCUGAUGCCGCCCCCACCGCUCUCUCCAAUGCUGCUUCGGAUACAAAGAGUGAGAGGAGCCUUCAUGGUACGGAGGGGAAUACACCAGAUGUGGCUUCAUGCGAACACGCCAUGGACAAGGUCGAGCUUUCAGCCAGCAACGAGGCAGAGGAUGCAACGAACACAAAGAGCGAUGAAGGGACAGAAGACCAAAAAGCACCGGCUACGACUCAACGCCGAAACAAAUUGACGGGAGCAUGCGCUUCAAAGCUGGCAAGAAAGGUAGUCUGGCCCAUCGUCCCAGCCUCGCCACUCUUCGCGGUCGCGUUACAAGUGGUCAACAGUAACAUGCCGAUGCUCGGAAGAAUGAUGGACUGUGUUCAUGUCCCGCCUGUCCUCCAUAGCACGGGGAUUCGGUAG